CCUGAGCCAGCUGUACCCGUGGCUGGGAGCAUCCAGGCUGGGCCUCACAGACUGCAACGGCCGGUGAGCAAGGAUCACCAUCAUGGCUGCUGACUCAGACGUGCUCCAUUUCCAGUUUGAGCAACAGGGAGAUGCCGUGUUGCAAAAGAUGAAUCUCUUGAGGCAGCAGAACCUCUUUUGUGACGUGUCGAUAUAUAUCAACGACACUGAGUUCCACGGGCACAAGGUGAUCUUGGCCGCUUGCUCCACCUUCAUGAGGGACCAGUUUUUGCUCACUCAGUCUGAGCAGGUGCGGAUCACCAUCUUGCAGAGCGCCGAGGUGGGCAGGAAACUGCUUCUGUCCUGCUACACUGGCACUUUGGAGGUGAAGAAGAAGGAGCUUUUGAAAUACCUCACAGCCGCCAGUUACCUACAGAUGGUACACAUUGUGGAAAAGUGUACCAAGGCGCUGUCCAGAUAUCUUGAAAUCGACGCUUCUGUGGAGGGCAAUGGAGCAAGCCCCGAGAAAUGCCACUCCUCUGACAUGGAAUUGGGAGGCAAGGGCAGCUGCCCAGAUAAAGACUGCGAAAUCAUUGAGAUUUCCGAAGACAGCCCUGUUCAUGUAGAGGAUCACAUCAAACAGGAAAAAAGGGACCUUCAGCCGCUGCCCAUGCAAAGCCUCAUGUCAGAAAGGAAGGAAGUCAAAAGCCCUGAGAUAUCGACGGUUGAGAUAGGAUACAAGGACGAUGAAAUCUGCAUUUUCCGAAUGGAUUCCAUCAGUGGACCUAGUGUGGAAGGUGAGCAGUUUUCGCAACCUUGCACCUCUUCUAAAUCAAACUUGUAUUUCCCCGAAACUCAGCACUCCUUGAUCAAUUCGACGGUGGAGAGCAGAAUCACUGAAGUGCCAGGGGGUCCAUUCCAGAGCUUUGGCGGUGAGCAGCCGGAAGGGGCCACAACGGCUGCAGGCGGGUUCCAAAAUCCAGAGGAGUCCAGCUACUCAUGGAGGCAUCAGUGCCCAAAGUGCCCCAGAGGCUUCCUCCACCUUGAAAACUAUCUCCGCCAUCUAAAGAUGCACAAGCUGUUCCUGUGCUUGCAGUGCGGCAAAACCUUCACGCAGAAGAAGAACCUGAACCGGCACAUCCGCGGCCACAUGGGGAUCCGCCCGUUCCAGUGCAUGGUGUGCCUGAAGACGUUCACGGCCAAAAGCACCCUGCAGGACCACUUGAACAUCCACAGCGGGGACCGGCCUUACAAGUGCCACUGCUGCGACAUGGACUUCAAGCACAAAUCCGCCCUCAAGAAGCACCUGACGUCCGUGCACGGAAGAAGCAGUGUAGACAAAGCAGCCUUUGACUCCAUUACCGAAGUCAGAAUAGACUACGACUAGGGGAAGGCCAAGAGCAUGUGAUGGUAAGGGCAGACUCUUUGCAAAGCACUGACGCCAGCCUCCAUUUCAGACCCCCAGUGCCACACACUGGGCAUGUUGAUGCACCUCAGUAUUUCCACUGAUGACGUUCGUGCUGGCUUGUGAAUAUCCUGUUGCUUGUGAAUAUCCUCUGAGCAGGAAAGGAAACAGAACAAAAUCUUUUUUUCUCCAUUGAUUGAAUGCACCCCAUACAUUUAAAGCACAUCAAAAGCAGAUUUCCCCCCCUCCCCAAAGAAUCAUAGGAAGGGUGCUGGGAAUUGUUGCUCUGUAAGGAGUACACUAGAGUUUCCAGGAUUCUCUGAGGGGGGGUGAAAUGUGCUUUCGAUAUGUUUUAAAUGUAUGGUGCGUUCACAGCCUUUAUUCCUUUGGGGUCACAAAUUACUUAUGUAACUAGAUGUGUGGGGUGAAGAAAAUUAAUUUGGGGGACAUUUUUUUUACCACCUCAUUUUUAUUUUAGGUUAUUAUCAUUAUAUAUUUAUUUACAAGGCAACCUGAGCCUAAAUCUUGAAAGAAAAACACUUUGCUCAUCCGAUGGGUAACUCUGGGACAAAUGGGGUUUUCGUGGAGACAACUGUGAAUUCAAUAUUUAAUUAAAGAUUAUUAAUUUUUCUUGCGGCAAGAAAACUGCACGACAGCACGGAAAUGGCAUGAAAUCUUGUUUGUAUGGGCCUGAGACAGCACUAUUGUGCUUUUUCUUUCAUGAUUUUUAUGUUUGUCUUAGAUGUCUGAACUUUAAUCAGGGUGACAGAGGGACCGACUAAGACCCAAGACCUCAUUGCAGGCCAAAAUGAGCUUAUGUGACUUAUUAACUAGGCCAGCUGGUCUCAUUUGAAGAUACCGCUCCGUUCCUUCUGACUGAAAUAUCUGGAACUUUUUGUUGCGCGUUGGCAUUGGUGCAAUUGUGUUCAGUUAACAGAACUAUGAUAUAUAUUCGUUUUCCCAGUUUGCUAAGUGCUGAUGAAUCGUCUGGUGAGAAGAGGCCUUAGAGAUCUGGUACUCAAUGACACGUGGUGAAAAAGGCCAGAAAUUUUGGGUGAAAAAUAAAAAAGGGUUUAAAAGGAGACAUCUGCACCUUUAGCUCUGUCUUCUCCCUAAGCCUGAUGGGGCAGCAUGCAUUGGGAGCAACUCCUGUGUUUCAGUUACGAUGUCUGUAGCAGGGAUGUUGUGAAAAGGUGGCUCUGGGUGGGGACAUCCUUCUUGGCCCUUCCCCCUCCUUUUAGGGGAGGGCUACAGUCUACCUCAGUGGUAGAGCAUCGGCUUUGCAUGGAGAAGGUCUCCGGCAUCUCCAGAUAGGACUGAGAAAGAUUCCCUGCCUGAAACCAUGGAGAGCUGCAAGUCAGUGUAGACAAUAUUGAGCUGGAUGGACCAAUGGUCUGACUUGGUAUGAGGUAGCUUCCUACAUUUCUAAAUCAUCAUCAUCAUAACAAUAAUAGUUUACUUUAUGCAUAGGAUAGCUGGGCAUGCUGCAAAAUGCAGUCACUUCCCAGCCACCCACAAUCUUCAUUUGGCCAGAGGCAACUUUGUUUCGCGGGCCUGUGCUGCAAGGCUUUUAAGCACCUAUUAAUGCCCCCAGUUCCCAGUCGAUCUGAUGCUAUUUUGAGGCAGCUUUUGCUUUUGUACGGUGCAUAGCUUUACUGUAGGAUCCAGGGCUGUGGAGUUGGUACGUCAAACCUUCGACUCCAACUCCGACUCCUCUAUUUUUCUACUGUCCAACUCCGACUCCUUCAUAAAUGGCAAAUGUAUAUUAAUAUUAAUAAAAUAAUAUUAUUUUGAAGCCGGAGUCGGUACAUUUCUUCUGACUCCGACUCCACCCAAAAUUGCUUCUGACUCUCUGACUCCGACUCCACAGCCCUGGUAGGAUCCACACUGUUUGGUCCAAUGGGAAUCUGGUGUCAUGGCUACUGUCAUUAGCCACCUGGAGCAGUGGAUGUGCCACCAGGAUGGCAUUGGUCCUUCGUAACACCAUGCCUGUUUUAGAGUUAUUAAGUACCAUGUCCUCCCCCCAUCCCCGUUUAUUGUAAAAGUUUGCCACCAACAUUGUUCCAGUCACCUUUAUCCAUCAUGGCAAAAUAUGGUAUAUACCCAGUUUCUAUAGUAACCUAAUCUGACCUAGGUUUACUGUAUCAUAUGAUCUAUUAGCUUAUGGCUUUUUGUAAAUUUGGGUGUAAACUUUUUGGUGUGUUAAUAAUCAGCUACAAGCUCUUGCUUAACAGAAUAGUAUAUAUUUGAAUGGUGGCCCAUCACUUGCUGUUUAAAGGCUUAUUUUCCCCUCUCCACUCCUUCUUAAAAGAGUUGUGUGUGCAAGAGGUCACUCAUUGGCUGCUCUGUCUCCAAAGCAUCAAUGCAUAAUUAUGGGAAUGGCAGUUUUGAUAUCCUAUUUUCCUGGUUAAUGUUCGUGUGUAU